CUCACGUCAGUUGUUUCCAGUCGGCGUGUUUUUGUGAACGUACCAGCCUCGCCCGACAAUCACAACAGACGGAAAGCUCAUCAGAUCAUGGAGUUUGCAGAGCUGAUAAAAACACCCAGGGUGGACGGGGUGAUCCUGCACCGGCCCUUCAUGCCCACUGUGGAGGGGACCCUGUGUCUGACUGGUCAUCACCUCAUUCUCUCCUCCAGACAGGACAACACGGAGGAGCUGUGGCUGCUCCACUCUAACAUAGACUCCAUAGAGAAGAGAUUCGUGGGGUCUCUAGGAAGCAUCAUUGUCAAAUGCAAAGACCUGAGGGUGAUCCAGUUGGACAUCCCCGGUAUGGAGGAGUGUCUCAACGUUUCCAGCUCGAUUGAGGCUCUGUCCACACUUGAUUCCCCAUCCCUGAUGUACCCUUUCUUUUACCGGCCCAUGUUUGAGGUCAUAGAAGAUGGCUGGAAUUCUUUCCUUCCACAGAAUGCCUUCAAAGAUUUGGAGUCAAUGACUGAUGAAUGGCGACUAAGUGAAGUCAACAAGGACUUCACUGUGUGCCCGACAUAUCCCCCUCUAGUGGCGGUGCCCAAAGACAUCGAUGACGACACGCUAAGAAAAGCAGCUACCUUUCGUCACAGUGGCCGCUUUCCUGUACUUAGCUAUUACCAUAAAAAGAAUGGCAUGGUGAUGAUGCGAGCAGGACAGCCUCUGACUGGAACCAAUGGGCGGAGGUGUAAGGAAGACGAAAAGCUGAUCAACGCCACUCUGCGGCCUGGCAAACGUGGUUACAUCAUUGACACGCGCACCAUCAAUAUAGCUCAGCAGGCCAAAGCUCGAGGUGGAGGGUUUGAGUCAGAGGCUAACUACCCCCAGUGGAGGAGGAUCCACAAGACCAUUGAAAGGGCUAACGUCCUCCAGGAGGGUCUGAUAAAGCUGGUAGAAGCAUGUAACGACCAGUCACACAGCAUGGACCGCUGGCUAAGCAAACUGGAGGCUUCCAGCUGGCAGACUCAUGUCAAGGAGAUCCUCACCACUGCUUGUCUUGCUGCUCAGUGUAUUGACAGGGAGGGAGCAUCGGUGCUCGUUCAUGGUACAGAAGGGACAGACUCGACUCUACAGGUCACUUCCUUGGCUCAGAUCAUCCUCGAUCCAGCCUGCAGGACCAUCAGAGGCUUCCAGGCCCUGGUGGAGCGAGAGUGGCUCCAGGCGGGUCACCCGUUCCAGCAGCGUUGUGCCCAGUCAGCCUACUCCAACAACAAGUCCCGCCAAGAGGCACCUGUGUUCCUGCUCUUCUUGGACUGUGUGUGGCAGAUCCUUCGCCAGUUUCCCUGCUCCUUUGAAUUCAGCGAGGGUUUCCUGGUGCUGCUCUUCGAACACGCCUAUGCUUCUCAGUUUGGUACUUUCCUCGGCAACAGUGCAGCCGAAAGAGCCAAACUGUGUCUGCCUGAGAAGACCGUUUCUCUUUGGUCGUGGGUGAAUCGGCCCCAGGAGCUGGAGCGUCUUACCUACCCGCUCUAUGAAGCCAACAGUCUGGUGAUCUGGCCCUCUGUGGCCCCUCAGAGCCUGCUGCUUUGGGAAGGAGUGUUCCUUCGCUGGAACCGCUCCCCAAAGUGUUUGGACGAGGCCUAUGAAGAAAUGGUUCAUAUAAUUGAAUACAACAAGGAGCUACAGAACAAAGUAAACAGCCUCCGCAGGCAGCUGGCCCAGCUGGAAACUGAAGAUCCUCUGCUUCAAACACCAUAGAGAGAGUGACGGAGACUGAGAGAGGUAGAAAAUGUGAAAAUAUAACCAAAUAUAAAAACAGAUAUGUUUCCUGGUUUUAGGCUUCCUGUGCUGGUGGUUUUUACUUUUACUAUUACUGUCCUCAUGAAAGAGGAAGGGAAAUUGAUCCUAUGACUCCUUGAAGGUCAAACUCACAUUGAAAGCUGUAAUUCUUUGGAAAGCUAAAAUUACAUAAUCAACUCAAAGAUAGCCCUGAAUCAUCACUUUCCUAAGUAAAAAUUAAAUAAAUUUGGUUUUAAAUAUCAGUGAGCUAGCAGCAAAAAAAGAGCUUCAGGUUCCUUUUCAUCUCACACCUAAACUGUUUUCAGACCUGAACUCUGGAAAAUGUCUGAAAAUUGGGUUAGCAGAAGUCAUCUGAGUUGACAUUUUGUACGACUACAACACAUGCUUUUAAUUUUGUUUCGUGUCCGUUGCGUGCUAGAAAAUGAAUUAAAACAUCCACUCAAAUUCUCCAGACAUCUUCCUGCUGUAUUUUACUUGGGGGCUGGUAGGAAACCUUGUGGAAAAUGUGAGGAGCAUCCGACUUGGACAUUUGCGUUCUUCGGAGAACAUCCCCAAAAUGUGUAAGUUCAGUGUAUGUCUGAAAGCAGCUUCACUGGCUUUCAUUCACACACAGAGAUAUCUUGAGUGAGUGAGUGAGGCCUUUUUUAUCCCAAAACGGACACGUUAGACUCCUGAGUGUUUAUGGGCAUUUAUCAUAUUGAGGAAAGAGAUACAGGGGCUUUGGAUGGACAGUAUGAGAGGUUCACUUACGUCCAGCUAUACAUUUUUCAUCUAACCAUCCUGCUGAAUGUGCAUGCAGCUGAAGCCCUGCAGAGUAACUAUGGCAACAUAUAGGGUGCUGUAAGGCAGCAUGUGACUGCUACACGUUCAGAUGACAUAAUAAGCGUAGGAAGGGUCCACACCUACUGUGCUUUACAAUGAGGGGCUUGUUUAAUACAAUGCUGAGCUAAAUAUUCUGAUUGUUGUACAUUGGUCAUCACUUUAUAUUCCAGUACUGAGGUACUGAGUUUACACAAACUAAUUACAUAGAAAGAUUUAUUUAGUAAAACCUCAUAAAACUAUGAUAUCACCUUGCUUGGAAAUGCCAUUGUUUUCAAUCUUAUCACGCAUAACAGUAAACUAUUGUGAUAUGUUUGAGAGUAUGGCGUGGAAAACGAUGGUACUGAGGGUAUUGUUGUCACGGUUACGACAACACGCCCCUGACUAUCAGCGAGACUUGAUACAGGUGAUCAUGUGGAGAUUUGUCUGCGUUAUGUGAGAUGCUGUUUUAAAGACCACUUUAUAUUUUGGUUUCUAAUAUUAUACAAACAUGGUUGUGUUUGAAUAUAACAUUAAUCAAAAUGCAUAUCUGCUGUUUUGUGGUGUAACGUUCAAAGCUAAUGCACUUUGUCUGAAAAGCAUUUCAAUUAUCCAGUGUGUGAAGCCAUUAUACUAAACUACAACAUGGGAAACAUAAUUAUCCUCUAAUUAUAAUUAUAGUAAUUAGUAUUCUUUUAGUAGUGCUCACCAGCAGAUGCCAUCAUAGACAUAGAGUUAAUAUUCAGUGUGAAUUCACAUGCCAACAUAUUCAGUAAUGUAAACUGGUUUACUUGAAGUCUGUGUCAUGUGAAUGUUCACAUCUGUGUCAACUCCUGCAUCCAGAGCAACAAUUUUCUCACCGAGCCCAAACUCAUCAUUAUAAAAGCCCAUGGUCUGAAAAGCCACGCGGAAAUACAGUUGGUGGUUCUCAAGCUUAAAUUGCACUGUCAUUAGAGAAGCAGCUAAAUAUGUUUAAAACGACCUGACCUAAAUUCUGCUGGCAUGGCGACAUUAAAGUUCUUCUGCCCAGUGCUGCUCAUGGAUAAAAGCUUGAAGUGGCCUUAAACUAUAAAUAAAACCAAACUGUAAAAAAGACGAUGUUUGGGUAAAAUUUGAUCCAGUGUUCUUCAGUGCUCUUUUCUUUUUUGUUUUGCGAGUAUUUUCAUCAUCUUUUUUCCUUUCCAUCUUUAUAUAUUCCCUGUUCGCUUCCAUUAUUAUGUUAUAUUCACACUACGCCCCUCUGCUUUGUAAAGGAAAUGUUUACAUGUAUAUUUCAUGCCUGCACUAUAUAACAUUGCCUUCAACCAAAACCCCACUUUACCUGGAUGCUUUUUGUGCAAAUGAACACAACAGUGAUUUAUAAACUCUUGAUUGUUGCUUCGUCAAAAAGUCAACAUAACUCUAACAGAUUAUUAGCAUUGU